AUGCAUUCCACAUAUGAUCAUGCGAUCCCCGCGAUCCACGCUCAAUACCGUUACUUGAGCUCUCGAUCAUCCUCCGAGCCUCAAUCUACCAUUGGAAUCACCCCGGUCUUCCCGAAAGAACUCAGAAAAAGAACCACCAACCUCUCUGCCAAUCUUCCAACCCAGUUCAACUAUUUUGAAACGAACCCCAAGCUAACAACACCCUCACAGUCCACCAUGGCACCCCCCUCCAUCUCCACCCGCACCCUCCACCAACUCACCAAGCGCAAGAAGAACUGGGCCGCAAGAGAAGCAGGCGUCAUCGUCGUCUUCUGCAUCGUCUUCCUCGUCGCCUCUGGCCUGAUCGGUCUCUUCCUCUCGCGUCUCAUCAGUCGAAAGAGAGCCGAGAAGGCUUCUCGUCGCUCCUCAGUCUAA